CUAGGUUUGCUGGUGCUUUCACACUGCGGCAGCGGAUGCUGAAUUUCGUGCAGAAUAUCCAGUAUUACAUGAUGUUUGAAGUGAUGGAGCCAACAUGGCACAUUCUUGAGAAGAACCUGAAGUUGGCAUCUAAUAUUGAUGAUGUCCUGAGCCACCACACAAGCUUCCUGGAUAACUGUUUGAAGGACUGCAUGCUAACCAACCCGGAGCUCCUGAAGAUCUUCUCCAAGCUGAUGUCUGUCUGUGUCAUGUUCACAAACUGCAUGCAGAGGUUUACCCAGAGCAUGAAGCUGGAUAACGAGAUGGACCGGCUCACCUUAGAGCAUGGCACAAUGUUGGGCCCACCAACAGAGGAGGAGCGUGCUGAAGAGACUGCAAAGAAGAAGCUGACUAACAAGCUUUUAGCAGAGCAUGCUGACAACCUCCAUCUGACAUCUGGCUUCGAAGCAACCAUCAACAAGUUUGAUAGCAAUUUCUCAACACAUCUGCUGGACCUGUUGGACAAGCUGAGCAUUUACAGCACCAAUGACUGUGAGCACAGUAUGCUCAACAUCAUCUAUAGGUUGGACUUCAACGGGUUCUACACGGAGCACUUGGAGCACAUGUCUGCUGAGCGCAGCCAGAAGGCAGCUCCCCCGCUGCCCUGCCUGGCGGUUCCUGCCCA